GGCGCUGUGUAUCAGGAAGUGAAGGAGAGCAAUGUGAGUGGUGGAGGAGAGCGGGGUCACCGGAGAAGAUGGCCAGCAAAGUGAUAUAUCCACUUUAUCAGCUUGGAAAUCCACAGCUACGUGUGUUCCGAACAAACUUCUUCAUGACCCUGGUCAGACCUGGCAAAGAGAUGCCCUCAGACACGGUGCAAUUCCGUAUUCCUAUUGAAAUGACAAAGUUUGAUGUCCAGAACUAUCUGCAGAGUAUAUACAAUGUACCAGUGUCAUGUGUGCGCACUCGCAUCCAGUUUGGCAGCAAUCGAAAAAGAAACCAUCUGCAUCAAAGAGUGAAGCAGCCAGAUUACAAGGUGGCCUAUGUUCAGCUGGGCCAAGGACAGACCUUCCAGUUCCCAGAUCUUUUUCCAGAGAAGAAAGACAUUGUUGAGUCGGGUUCAUUUGACGAGAUCCAAUCAGAAUUCAUGGAGAAUGAGAAACAGCGCCAGCGUAAUGAUCCACGCAGAGGAGGACUUAAUGAAUGGUUUGGGUUGUAAAUACAUUCCUUUUGUAGCCACUUCAGCAUUGGAUUCUCUCUCCUCUGCACAGCAUGAGAUGUCUAGGUCUGAAGGUCAAACUACCACGCUCUUUAUUUCCUUUGGAGAACCUACAAGCAGAUCUCCUCCAAUCAUCUUCUCUAAAGGACAGUAAUAUUUAUUUUUUUCCAAAGAAUUUUUAGAGUUGAAAAGAAAUGUGUUUUGCGGUGGAUUGUUUAUAAAUAAACCAUGUGGUUUUUUUUU